AUGCCAUCCACACUCGCCAAACAGCGGAAGAUUGCCAUAGUGGGCAGCCGCUCAGUCGGCAAGUCGUCCCUCGCGGUGCGCUAUGUCGACGGGCACUUUGUCGAGAGCUACUACCCGACCAUCGAGAACACCUUCAGCAAGGAGAUCCGGUACAAAGGGCAGGAGUUCGCGACUGAGAUCGUCGACACGGCCGGCCAGGACGAGUACAGCAUCCUCAACUCGAAGCACUUCAUCGGCAUCCACGGCUACAUGCUCGUCUACAGCGUGUCGUCGCUGCAGUCGUUUGAGAUGGUCCAGGUGAUACGGGACAAGAUCCUCAACCAUCUCGGCACAGAAAGCGUCCCGAUUUGCAUCGUCGGCAACAAGAGCGACCUGCGCCCGGAGCAGCGGCAGGUGACGCCCGAGCAGGGCAAGGCGCUGGCCGACAAAUACGGUUGCGCGUGGACCGAGGCGAGCGCGCGCUACAACGAGAACGUGGCUAAAGCCUUUGAGCUGCUCAUCGGCGAGGUCGAGAAGUCGCAGAACCCGAGCGAACCGACUGGCGGCGGCAAGUGCGUGGCCAUGUGA